AUGGCUACGUCACAGACGUCGACGCUCACGAGUGGCCCGGCUGCUGCACAGACACCCACAUCCACAUGCACAUGCCGCUCGUCCACUUCCUCGUCCACGUCCGCAUCCAUCUCCGCACUCAAGGCGACAUUUCAGCCCGCUGAUCUUACCUCUGGCGCCUCGCGUGCUGUAGUAAACGCGGGAGCAAUGCCGCCGUCGAUACCCAAGGACCCCGACAAUUCAUCUUCUUCCGAUGCCGGUGGCCAAAAGAAGGUUCGCAAGGCGCAGAGCUGGUACGGGCAGUGGCCUAAAACACCAAGAAAAGCCACGGCAUCGAUUUCGGUUGCGCGUGAAAAUAUAUUAGGUGGAACUGUUCGCUCUACAGCCGCCCUCGGCCUAGAUCGGUUCGAGUCCUCAAAGAAGAGCGCAUCGGACACUGCCAGUAUUCGCAGCUCGUCACCACCAAGCAAGGUCGGCAAGGAUCAAAGAAUGAGUGCCGGUGCUGCCGACGGUGCUGCUGACGGUGCUGCCGACGGUGCUCUUGAUAAUCAGGACAGCAAUAGCAAGAAAAGCAUUACGCAACCGCAGGAUUACGCAGUUGACGGCAUGAAGCCCUCGGAUGAGGCUGACAACUCGCAAAACCAACCGCCACAAGCCUCACCGCAAGCCGAACAAAAAGGACAGCAACAGCUCUCGAGCCCUGCAUCAGGUGAACCAAGUGCGGCGUCGUCUUCCGCAGGCUGGCUUGGCUGGUGGUCCAAGGCUCCGCCCACAACUAAAGAUGAAAAUCUUGCUUCGACAGCUGCUACAGAUGCACACAUAGCCCCUCCUCCAUCCAUCGACAGGCCCAUUACCCCGUCAGACCAGGUAGCGUCCUCGAAUUGCGCGCCCAAAGAACCCCCUCCAAGCGCUCCAGCUACGUCAUCAACUUGGUUCGGAUUCUGGUCAUCUGCUCCCCACGACAAGAUGAAGACACCCGAGUCUGAAAAGGACAGCGAGGCAGAGACAGAGAGUGCCGAGCCCAAGGCUCAAGAGGAUGCAGCAACGCAGGACGCUUCGGCCGCGGCCAAGGAGUCUCAGCCGCCCCCCAAAGCCGGCUCGACGUGGGCCUUUUGGUCGAGGGCAUCGCCGAACGAUGCCAGCAGCGAAAAUCCCGCCUCAGAAUCCGGCCAAAUGGCUGUCAUUGGCGAGGGAUCAGAAGCACGACCAAAGCGUAUGAGCGAGGGCGAUGUCUCCGGGUCCGUGAAUGAAGGCGUCAAGGAGCCGCCGUCAAAGGAACCCCAGCCUCAAGCAAAGUCGACCUGGCGGAAAAAGAAGAGAGCGAGGCCCCCAUCUACGGAUGUGGCGGGAGACUCUGAUGCAUCAAGCCAUGGCAGUGCAGCUGUCGUUGGGCCUGUCGUGCAUGAGCCGCCACAGGGACUCCCGCCGCCCCCAAGAGAGCAGAAACCAUGGCGACAAACAGCGUCGGCAAGAGCCGACUCAUUGACACAUUCGAUGGCCGAGUCAGAAGUUGCGCCAAAGCAACCUCCCAACCUCGUGCUGCCUUCAUUUUCCAGCACGUACCAAAUGAAGGAGGAUGCGUCCAUCCUGCAGCAGAUCGCGCAACUGCUGCUGCGAACCUCGCAGCCUCCGCCAAGCCAUGUGUUUCGAGCCAAAGACUUGCCCCAAAUUCGCAAGGCCAUAGCCAUUGGCGUUCAUGGCUUGUUUCCUGCCACGUAUCUCCGCCCGAUGAUCGGCCAGCCCACGGGGACAUCGUUGCGGUUUGCCAAUCUCUGCGCCGAGGCCAUUCGACGGUGGACCAACGCCCAUGGCUCCCCCGACUGCGAGAUCGAAAAGGUCGCGCUGGAAGGCGAGGGCAGGAUUGGUGAUCGGGUCGACAAUCUGUGGAAGCUCAUGCUCAACUGGAUGGACCACAUCCGCCAAGCCGAUUUCAUCAUCAUGGCGUGCCAUUCGCAGGGCGUUCCUGUGAGCAUCAUGCUGCUGGAGAAGCUCAUCGACAUGGGCGUCAUCACGAAUGCCAAGAUUGGCGUGUGUGCCAUGGCUGGAGUGGCCCUCGGUCCGUUUCCCGACUACAAGUCGAGCAUACUGAUGGGGUCGGCAGCCGAGCUGUGGGACUUUGGCAAUCCCGAAAGCACCAACUCGCAGCGUUUCGAGGCCUCUCUGAAGCGGGUGCUGGAUUAUGGAGCGAGGGUGACGUUUAUCGGGAGCAUCGACGACCAACUGGUGCCCAUGGAGUCGGCGGUAUAUUCUCCCGCGAGCCACCCGUACAUCUAUCGAGCCGUCUUUAUCGACGGACGGGUCCACGCGCCCGAUUUUAUAGCACACCUCGUGGGGUUUGCCCUGAAGCUACGCAACCUGGGCGUUACCGACCACGGGCUCAUCCGCGAACUGUCCGUCGCCCUCGCCGGCUCGCUGUACUCUGGGGAAGGCCACUCGCGGCUGUACUACGACCCUGCCGUGUACGACCUAGCCAUUUCGCACGCGCUGGAAACCACGUCGACUCCUUGCCUCGUGCCGUGCAAGAUAGGCCCGCGCCAGGGCCUCGGCUCCGCGAACCCGUACGUCCUGCCGUGGAUCAUGCGGGGCAUGCUGGAGGAAGACUUUGUCAAGACGGAGCUGAGCAGCGAGACUGAAGAGCUCUUGCGGCAAUUUGACGAUUGGAAGCCGUCCAACAAGGCGCUCAAGGAUGUCAAGUAUCGCUUGGAGGCGGUGAGAUCGAAGCUGUGA